AUAGGGGUAAAACCUAGAUGGUCUAAUUAAGUCUCUCUCAUCUGCAGCAUCACAUCAUCAACAGUCUCUAAAAAAAAGGUUUGAUCACGAUCAGUCCGUCAAAAACAUGAAUUCCUAUGACGAUUACACCGGGGCUAAGACAUGCGUCUUCUGGGACAUUGAGGAUUGUCCGCUCCCUGAUGGUCUCAAUGCUGUUGAUGCUACGAACAACAUUCGAAACGCCCUCAAGUCUGCGUGUUUUAAGGGUGAGGUGUCAAUCAUUGCUUUUGGUGAUAUAAAGAAGUACCUUGUUGGUCUAAAAUCAAACAAAGAAAUCAAGUUCAAUCAGAUCCCUCAAGGAGAUUUACGUGCGAGACGUGGAGCUAUUUGUGAUAGCUUACUUUCCUGGGUUAUGAAUAAUGAUCGGACAAAUUUGAUGAUAAUCAUUGGAGAUAUUACAGAGAACAUUUCAUUGCGCAUGUUUCUUCAUGGUCUGGUUGAGAAGGGUUUCAAUCUUCUCAUCUCACAGUCUCCUUCAAACAGGUCAAUACCCAUGCACCAUUCUGUGUUUACCGAGUGGCUUUGGCCUGACCUAGGUCUUGGAAAAGAUCAUAUCUACAAAAGGGGAGACCCAGUACAACGAAUGUCACCGAAGAUUAUCGACUAUGCAUCUUUCGUAUGUUAAUAUUUUAUAUCAUCUCUUCCAUAUAUAUAUAUAUAUAUAUUGGUUUAGUAAAUGUGUAAAAGUUUAU